AUGAAGGAUCCUGUAAGCACAGAAACAGAGAGGCGCAAGAUAGAGCAGUAUCGUCUGGACAAGCAGAAAAAUCAAAGCAACGAAUACAGAUCUAGUGGAAAGCUACUCACAAGUGAAGCGGCACCAGCAAAGUGCCUAACACAGCAUGUCGGAUACCAGGAAUACACACACAGUGUAGUUUUUGACGAUUUGGCUGUGCUCAGCAUCUGCCAUAUACUCAUUCAUGAAGAUUACUCUGAUGUAGUAAAAAAUGAGAUAACAGAAGAUCUGUAUUUGACGUGUCAGGUGGAAGACCCAGAUGAGGAAACCAGUGACAGAUACUAUCCUAUCCGUCUUGUGGGUGGCUAUGACCGUUGUUCUGGACGUGUGGAAAUAUACUACAACAAUGCCUGGGGUACAGUUUGUGAUGACAACUGGGACAUCAAUGACGCAAAUGUUGUUUGCAGACAGCUGAAUUGCGGAUAUGCAAACAUAGCUCUAGGAAAUGCACAUUUUGGACAAGGCUCUGGGCACAUUCUGCUAGAUGGUAUUAAUUGUUAUGGAUAUGAAGACUACAUUUGGCAGUGCCCACACAAUGGCUGGGGCUCUCACGACUGUGGUUCUCAUGAAGAUUCUGCAGUUAUCUGCUCAGCUCAUCAUCAGCAGUCCUCCGCUAAGCCAGAAUAUGCUUGGCCAGUCCAUCACCUUUACCCUCAGCUUCUUUAGCAAGGCAGUAGUCAGAAUUAUCCUAUUCAACUUGUUGGUGGUUUGGACAGAUGUUCUGGACGUGUUGAGAUAUUCUAUAAUGGAACGUGGGGUACUGUGUGUGAUGACAACUGGGAUAUAUAUGAGGCAGCUGUUGUAUGCAGACAACUUAAUUGUGGAUAUGCUGUAGCAUCACCUCAUGGUGCAUAUUUUGGGCAAGGCUCUGGAAAUAUCUUCUUAGAUGAUCUGCGUUGCUUUGGAUAUGAGCAGUACCUUUGGCAGUGCCCACACAAUGGAUGGGGUGCUCAUAACUGUGGUCCAAGUGAAGAUGCUGGAGUUAUUUGCUCAGAUUCAUCAGGUGCAUCCCAGAGUCCUUCACCAGCAUCUACAGAUUUCUAUCCUACAACUUUAGAACAUUCAACAGACUCGCCACAUGAUUGGACAACAGGAAUUAGCUAUUCAUGUGGAGGCCUCUUAACACAGUAUUCAGGAGAGAUAACCACUCCUUUCUAUCCAAACCCUUAUCCACCACAUGCCUAUUGCACAUGGGACAUUAGGACAGCAGCCGGUUAUUAUUUGGAGUUACGCUUUCUUGAUUUUAAUUUGGAGCCUCACCCUAGUUGUGUUUAUGAUUGGGUAAGAAUAUAUGAUGGUCUUCCUGGAUACUCUGCUCUGCUGGGAACGAUUUGCUAUCCUGGGAACUAUACGUUCUACUCAUCUUCUAACAUCAUGGGUGUUGAAUUCCGGAGUGAUUCUGAUGUCCAGCAUACUGGCUUCCGUGCUGUGUUCUACUCACAUUAUGGAUUUGCAUCCACAAGCUGGCCAGAAGUAUAUCCAAUACGCCUUGUUGGUGGUUGGGACGGUUGUGCAGGGCGUGUGGAAAUAUACUACAAUGGAUCCUGGGGUACAGUGUGUGAUGACCACUGGCACCUCUCAGAUGCUUCUGUUGUUUGCAGACAACUUAAUUGCGGAACUGCUGUUUCUGCUUUAGAAAAUGCAUAUUUUGGACAAGGCUCUGGACAAAUUCUUUUAGAUAAUUUACAGUGUAGUGGAUAUGAACAAUACCUUUGGCAGUGUCCUCAUAAUGGCUGGGGCGCUCACAACUGUGGUCAUCAUGAGGAUGCUGGGGUCAUCUGCUCAUAUAUACCCUCUUUCUCUACACCAGAUAUACCUUCUUUCUCUACACCAGGAUUAAAUUACACAUGUGGGGGCCUGUUGCUCCAGUUUUCAGGAGAAAUAUCCAGUCCUUUCUUUCCAAACAAUUACACAGCUAAUGUACACUGUGUAUGGGAUAUUCGUACUGCUGUAGGAUAUUAUAUUAUACUUGACUUUGUGCACUUUGAUUUAGAACCUCACUCAAAUUGUGCUUGGGAUUGGGUGAUUGUGUACGAUGGUAUUCCUGGAUACUCUCACCAGCUAGCAAAAAUCUGCCACGCCGGAACCUAUACAUUUUACUCCUCAUCUAACAUAAUCGGAGUUGAAUUUAGUAGUGACAGUAUUAUUCAUCACUCUGGCUUUCGUGCUGUGUUUAAUUCAUAUUACCAAACAGUUAGUUCUCCAACACCUCCAGUUAAUUCUACAGUACCUCCAGUUAAUCUUGGAACUACAGGUUUCCUCCCGAAUGUGUCAAACUGGGUAACAAUCACUCCCAACUACACAUGUGGUGGUGUUCUUACAAACCCCAAUGAUGUUUUCUAUAGCCCUAAUUUCCCAAGUCCUUACCCUAAUAAUGCCUACUGUGUCUGGGAAAUACGAGUCAGCCCUGGUCAUCACGUGGAGCUUCAGUUCCCACAUUUAGACUUGGAGGUAGCAUCUGGAUGUGUAUAUGACUCAGUGACUAUAUAUGACGGCCUCCCACAGAACUCUCCUCUGAUAGCAAAAAUAUGCACACCUGGUCAAAACACUUCAUUCAUCUCUACCUCAAAUAUCAUGGGCGUUGUGUUCCAAACUGAUUCUAGCGUCCAGAGAUAUGGUUUCCAGGCUGUAUACACAUCAGCAUACAGAAACAGCAGCACACCAGUGAAUUGUGGAGGAAUCAUAAAUAAUCACUGGGGAUACAUUGAGAGCCCAUCCUACCCAUAUUCACACAGUGCUGCGGAUUGUGUCUGGCAUUUACAAGUCGGAGCUGGCAAUGUACUCCAAAUACAGUUUAUAGAUUUUGCACUUGAAAAUUCCCCUUCUUGUUCAUUUGGAUUUGUAUCAAUUUAUGAUGGGACACCCCAAAAUUCUCCAUUACUUGGGAAAUUUUGUGGAACAUACAGACUCAACUUUACCUCCUCCUCAAACAGCUUAAGUGUUGUCUACUCAAGUAGAGGAAGUAGCAGCAGCCUUGUCAGAGGGUUCCGUGCCAAUUAUGUUUCUGUAUAUCAAAGUAAUCAGAAUGUGACUCUGUCAUGUACAUCAGAUUACAUGCAAGCACAGAUUUCAAUAUGGUACCUUCAGUCUUUGGGUUAUUCAGUAAAUGAUGUUUUCUUGAAUGACCCUAAUUGUCAUCCUAACAUUUAUGGGAGCUGGGUGACAUUUUACAUAUAUUACAAUCAAUGUGGUACAACAAGACAGGGUGAAAGAGACACAAUAAGCUAUUCAAACACUGUGCAUGCUUACCAUUCUGGUCAAGUGAUUGAACGCAGCAGAAAGCUACGCUUGAACCUUCGUUGUCAAAUGUACCAAAAUACAAUGGUGGAAAUUAUGUACCACGCUGAUGAUACCAGAGAUGUUAACCUGACACGACAAGGCUUGUAUCAUGCUAGCAUGUCCUUCUACUGGAGUCCAAGCUUCAACAAUCCUGUGUAUCAAUCACCAUUCUUUGUCCAACUCAACCAGGACUUAUAUCUUCAAGCAACAUUACACAGUUCAGAUCCUAAUCUCAUCUUGUUUGUAGACACAUGUGUGGCAUCACCAGAUCACAAUGAUUUUGUAACUCAAACCUAUGACUUAAUACGCAAUGGGUGUGUAAAAGACUCUACAUAUACAGCAUACUAUUCUCCAUACUCAAGACAAGUUCGCUUCGGAUUCAGUGCCUUUGGGUUUGUUAGCCGAUAUUCCACUGUUUACCUGCAGUGUAAACUGACAGUGUGUCCAUAUUACAGCAGCAAUUCAAGAUGCACACAGGGUUGUAUCACCAGACGCAAAAGGGGGGCAGUACCAUCCCAUCAACAACUUAAUGUUUUACUUGGGCCCAUUCAACUGUUGAUCUAGAGAAUUAAUGAACACCAUCAAUGUUGGGUUCCAUAGGGGCGAGCAGAUUGUGAUAAAGAUAUAUCAAUAGAAAUAAAUUAUUAUUUGUGUUAAUAAUAACAACAACUUAAACUUUAUAGCACAGUUAUAUUAUUUUAAAUUAUCAUUUUUGUUGUCAAUGAAUUUGAGUUCUCUGGCAGUCGAUAUAUUAAUUAUAGUUAAUGGACCUUGCUGUAAAUACAUUUUAUAUGAAGCACUUAUUAAAAUGAAUCUGACAUGCAGGAAAUGAAAGCAAAUGUAUUAUGUGGAUGUGUUGGCCAAGCAUUUGAGUGAAAUGUGAUAAUAUCCAGAGCGGUUGUCACCUACAGAGAUAAUAGCACUCCAUUAGUCUUUGAAUAUAUUAAUAACACUAUGGUGAUUUUUUUCUCAAUGUACCUUUGAUAUCUUGUUUUUAAUUGAAUAAAACUAUAAUGACUGAAA